AUGACCGACAAUGGCAGGGUCGAAGCAUACCCAGAUGCAGUAACCGAGUUCGACGAAAAGACGAUAAACAAUGAGACCAUCAAAGAAAAGAAAUGGGGGAUCUUGUCAAAAUCAAAAAGCGUUGCGAGUUGGAAAGAUCCUGGUCCCCCUCCAGAUGGCGGAGCUCUCGCAUGGACACAGGUCCUAUAUGCUGAAAUAAGUGCCAGGGGCUACAUGAAUUCGUUUGGUAUCUUCCAGACUUAUUACGUCGAUUUUCUCAAUCGCUCGGAUUCGGAUGUUUCGUGGAUUGGAAGCGUUCAGGUCUUUAUUGUCUUCUUUAUUGGUACUUUUACUGGGAGGCUUACAGAUGCGGGUCACUUUCGGCCGGUUUUUGUGGUCGGAACCAUUCUCAGUGUCCUCGGCAUGUUCAUGGCCUCCAUCUCAACAGAAUACUACCAAGUAUUCCUCGCCCAAGGAAUCUGCUGCGGUAUCGGCAACGGAUGCCUAUUCUGUCCAGCGCUGUCAGUAACAUCCACCUACUUCGCGAAACGCAAAAUGCUCGCCGUCGGCAUCUGCGCAUGCGGCAGCGCCACAGGCGGCCUAAUCUUCACAGUCAUGUUCCAGCACCUGAUCCCACAGAUCGGCUAUGGAUGGACAAUGCGAGUCUUCGGCUUUUUCACCCUAGCUUGUCUAAUCAUCUGCAACAUUCUAGCCAGACCGAGAGUGCCCCCUCGGAAAACCGGCCCUCUUAUUGAACUCGCUGCUUUCAAGGAACCAUCAUACACCUUGUUUGCGGUCGGCAUCUUCUUGACUUUCUGGGGUGUUUAUUUCGCUUUUUACUAUCUGAGCUCGUUUGGUGUUGCAAUCAUCAAGAUCUCUCAGGAAGAAUCGCUUAAUUUCACGCUUAUCUUGAAUGGUCUGGGUAUCAUUGGUCGUCCGGUCCCUGCCUACCUGGCUGAUCGGUAUACCGGUCCGAUGAAUAUUCUCAUUGUCGUCACUCUGUUCUCCAUCAUGUGCGCUUUUGCCAUGAUUGGUGUCACUUCUAUAUCGGGGCUCUAUGCAUGGACUGUGGUCUAUGGUAUUGUGGGAAAUGGUUUGCAGGGAAUGUUUCCCGCUACGUUGAGCAGCUUGACGACUGAUUUGCAGAAAGCGGGUGUCAGGAUGGGAAUGAUUUUCACUAUCGUCAGUUUCGCUGUAUUGACAGGUCCACCUAUCGCUGGUGUCUUGAUCACCAGAGACAAUGGCCGCUAUGUAUAUGCGCAGCUCUUCGCGGCGUGCUCGAUGCUCGUCGGCUUUUGUCUGCUCUGUGCGGCUAGAUUGGCGAGGACUGGAAAGGUCUUGAAGUAUAAGAUUUAG